AGAUCUGGCAACCCUGCCCUCGCCUCUAAGCUUUAGAGCACUUUGAGCCACACUACUGUAGACUGUAGUUAUAAAAUAAAAAGUAUAAUGACCACUCAAAGUGUGCUGAUCCGAGACCCAGCUUUCCUCACCAGAUUACUGCAGCAGUAUUUACACUUGUUAAAGAAAUAUCCAGUCAUCACCAAAUCUGUUACAAGUGCGGUUCUGUCUGCAUUGGGAAACCUGCUUUCUCAAGCGCUAGAGUCCAAGAAAAAGCUGAAAGAAGGUCGAUCCGGGAAAGAGGUGGACGUUUAUGGACCGGUCCGCUUUGCUGUAUACGGGCUUGUCAUCACAGGUCCACUGAGUCAUUACUUCUACCAGCUGCUGGAGCUGCUUUUUCCAGCCUCGGCUCCGUUCUCCAUGUUGAAACGCCUCCUCCUGGAGCGACUCGUCUUCGCCCCCGCUUUCCUCCUCCUCUUCUUUGUGGUGAUGAACGCUUUGGAGGGGAAGACAAACGCAGACCUUCAGGAUAAGCUGAAAGCGAGAUACUGGCCUGCUCUCAAGAUGAACUGGAAAGUCUGGACGCCAUUUCAGUUCAUCAACAUCAACUACGUGCCUGUGCAGUUUCGGGUGCUGUUUGCCAACCUGAUCGCCUUGUUCUGGAACGCCUACCUCACAUCUGUCAGGAAAUGAAACCCCAGUGUUAAUGUUAAAGCACGGUUACGUAGGUCAGUACUAAUGAAGCCAGUGUGUGCCUUUAAAAGAUGCUGCGCUAGCUCAGGUAGAGACUGUAACACACUCACUGUGCCAACAUUUAUUUCAAAAUUAUUCCAAUCAUCAUUUUUGCACCUCAGCCAACAGCCUUUUUAUUAUUUGCAAAUGUGAAAAUUUGUAUUAAACAAGUGGAUGAAACAGUGUUAAUUCUUUUCAUUACUUUUGACAGUAAUAUGAUGAUAUUAUGAUGAAUAAUAAUAAUUUUAAUGCACUAAUGUCACUGUGCUACUGUCUCAGUCAACACUGAUGAAUGCUACAGUAUUGUACAUUGUAAUAUUACACUUUGUAAGAAUGUACUGAUGGUUAAUAAUAAAAAAAUAAUCAUUUUGA